AUGGAGGGCGAGGAGGCCGCAGCGGUGGCGGCGAAGGCAGUGCUGCGCACGCCCAAGUGCUCCCGCUGCCGGAACCACGGCUUCGUGGUGCCAGUGAAGGGCCAUGCCGGGCACUGCCGGUGGAAGCUCUGCCUGUGUGACAAGUGUGCCCUCAUCACCGAGCGCCAGAAGAUCAUGGCAGCCCAGAAGGCCCUGAGGCAGCAGGUACCUGACCCCCCGGCUGGGCCCGCCGCAGGGCCCGUUCCUCUGGGCAAAGGUAUUGGGGCAGCCAGUGCCCCUGAGCAGAGCAGCCACGAGGGGAUGAAGGGUGCCCACCCCACCGGCAGCAACAGCAAAGGCAUGACGUGCAGGGGACCGCUGCCACCACCUCCCAGCAGCUCUCCCUUCUGGGACUAUGCUCACCCUGCUUUUCCUCCAGAAUACAUGGUCAAAACAGAAUACCUGGAGAGAGAACCUCCGAAAGUGUACCCUGGAUGUUCUGGGGUAUAUCCUUACCACCCAUUUCCCAUGGGAUUUGCCAUCAGUGAGUCAAGCUGUAGGGGAGCACCAUCACCUCCAGGGAUACCACUUCAGAGAGGUUUCCGACACAUUUCUAGCAACUAUGGGCCAGGGAAUGCAGCUUCUGUGUCAAUUCCAGAUGGAGGUGGAGAUUUACAUCAAGGAUACUAUGCUCCUCUGCCUCAGUUCAUCCCACCAAGUUUUCUGCCAGGGAUUCAUUACAUUCCACCUCCCCUUUCACUGAACGUGUUGGCUGAAACAACCAAGGAAGCACAUGCUACUGAAGGUGACAGUCAGGAUUCAGGGGCCGUUCGAGAACCUGGCCAAGAAUCUUCUUCCCCAGAAGAAACCAGCAGAGAUGAAGCUGUGUAUUCUAAAGAAUAA